AUGUCUUCGAAGCCGGUACAGGCAAUAUACUUCGACUCGUUAGCAGAAUUAUUAACAUGGUAUGAUGACUUAUCAAAAGAGGUGGACUCGGGUCAAACACGAUUGGAUAGAUUUAGGAGAUGCAGUGAGGAUUAUGAUGCGUAUCAGAUCGAGGGUAUCGAUACGGAGGAACCAGUAAAGAGCUUGAAGAUGAAAAGGGAGUUUCCAAAUAAUUGCUCGGCAUCAUUAGCACCAUCAUUGCAUUCUCAUUCAAUCAUAUCCAUACCUCCUUAUUCUUCAUUUUUGAGGCCAAGAUUCAGAUCAGUAAGUAAUCAAUCCACGUCAAGUAUGAGAGCACUUUCCAGAUAUCCAUCGGCAAAGACUAUAUCGAAUCAUGAGAUUGGAAGUGGGUAUCUAAAAGAGAACAUCCACAGACCAAAGGUGAUGGUAUGCCAUGACUUCAGAAACGGGUAUCAGGAUGGCCAGGAUCAAAGUACCAUUGGUUACUAUUCACAUAAGACAGGACAGAGAUAUUUUAUACAGUAUCCACAGUUGUUAGAGUCAUUCAUAUAUUUCAGUCAUCAUAGAAUAAGCAUUCCUCCGGUAUCAUGGAUUAAUGUUUGUCAUAGAAACUGCAUUAAAUGCUUUGGAACAAUUAUCUUUGAAAGCACGGGGUUUUUAACCGAUCUUGAUCGGUUGGUCUCAAAAGCUAGAGAUGGUCAAUUCAUAUAUGUCGAUAUAUUGGUAUCGCUAGUGGAGAGAUUCGGAUUUGACGGCUUUUUGUUCAACAUUGAAGCUAGAUUCAGUAACGAGGAGAUAUCCGCAUUAUUUAUUCCAUUUAUUGAGUGUUUGAAAUCAAGACUACAUACCCUUCAUAAGAAGAAUGAGGUUAUCAUAUAUGACAGCUUUUUGUGUCCACAGAACAAAGUCAAUUACGAAAAUGGCGUUACGAAGUUCAACUACAAUUUAUUUUCCGUUUCGGAUCGUUUUUUCACAAACUACUGGUGGUCAGUGAAACAUCUUCAGAGUAAUUUGAGAAAUGCUGGCAAUCUUGGUGUGCAAAGAAAACUCUUUACAGGCUAUGAUGUUUGGGGUAGAGGUAAUACUAUUGGAAGGGGAGGUUUUGAUACUGGAUCUGCCUGCCAGCUUAUCUCAAAAUACCAGUCUAAUAUUGCAUUGUUUGCUCCUGCAUGGACAUAUGAACAGUUGGGUGCACGAAACUUUAGCACUAAUGAUACGAGAUUUUGGAUCGGCCUUUUUGACGGAGAACUAUCUGUAAUGUCAUCUGUGAAACCUCGAAACUGUCCGGUUUUCAAGUUAAAUCACUCAAGCUUCAUAUUUUAUACGGAUUUUAGCAACGGCCAAGGCACAAACUUCUUUUGUAAGGGCAUUAGAGUUUCAAAUAGACCAUGGGUAGAUGGCUCUUUACAACUAUAUUUACCUCUAACAGUUUACAGAAAUCAAGGCUUAGGUCUGCAAAUGAGUUUAGAAACCCUUGAAUGUUUUCACGGAGGCUCUUCGUUAAAGGUAUGCUAUACUCCGUAUAUUGAAGAAAAACGGAAUGGAUUUCCAGGAUACAAGAUCUUCAGUGAACAACAAGUGAGAGAUUUGCAGCUUUUCGAGUUAAACAGAACAUGCCAGUUUAAUACAGUGGGUGUGCGAGUUAGCUAUAAGUUAGAACAGGGUACAGGGGAGAUAUUUAAACUAAAAAUAAGAUACCAUACGCAGUUGGGCCAUGGUGUGAAAACAAAAACAAUUCGAAAAGGUGUCAUGGUGAUACCAUUUUGCUCGACAAAAGAAAGAUGGUUCACACUUGACAACGUGUUUAGCAUUAAUGUGGGCAUACGGGAAACACUGGUUUUGGAAACGGUGGAAAUUUCUUAUGACAAGCAUAACCUGGGUUUGUGCGUCCACCAUAAGAAGAAUCCAUCAUUUAGUUAUAAAUCUUACGUUGUGGAAGACUCUAUCGUGACCUCUGUGAUUGAUGAUGAACCUUACGAAAAGAUUCUGGAUAACGAUAAAAUAUAUGACAAUGAUGAGGAUGAGGGAUGGGUUUUGGUUCCACGGGGUAUUCCAGGUGCAGAUACUUUGAGUACUACCAAUAAUUCAGUGCCAAGGAGUAUGAAUCCAGAGAUAAAAAUUGGAGAGAUUGCAAUUAUAAACUCCAAUAACUAUCCAAACAAGAAUUUCUUUGGAAUUCAAGGGGUCAGAAAGGUUAGAAAACUUGCAACAGAUGUCGACGGUGACUUGCUUGUUUGGAGUGAAUCUAGUACCAACUUUGUUCUUUACUAUGUGAUUUACAUAAAUGAUAAAUUCCAAGGAACGUCAAAGAUUGCACAAUUUUUCUCCGAAUUUGCUGGUAGAAGUGAUACAACUUCAUCUAUCACUUCGGAGUUGUGCGAUAAGAACUUGGAGGAUUUGGAAAAAUCGGAGAUCAGGAAAACAAGCGGAGCAAUUAUUAAAGUUAGAGUUGACAUUGUUGACAGAUUGGGUGUUGUCCAUGUUGGGGCAGAUUUAUAUAUUUAA